CCGCGGGCCGACUUCGUGCGGACGGUCACCGAGUUCGCCAAGCGCACCGGGGACUUCCCCAGCCUGUCGGCCGCCGACCUGCAGGUGUUGGCGCUCACCUGCCAGCUGCAGGCCGAGACCGCGGGGCCGGGCAGCGUCCGUCUGCAGCCUCCGGACAAGGUGCAUCUCAGCUCCAGCCCGAGGCACCCCGAGGCCACGCUGCACCUCGCCGGCUUCCACCUGCCUGCCAAGCACAAGCGCCUGUGGAAGGGCCAGCAGCAGCAGCAGCAGCACGGCCCCGACAGCAGCACGGAGCUGCCCGACAGCGUUGAGUUUGGCUCCUUCCUCUACUGGAGGCCACCCUUGCCCAGCAUCGAGGAUGAGCUCCAGGAGAUGUUGAAAACACACAGCAUCUCCAGCAGCACUGAUGAGUGCCAGAUCUCAGAAGAUGGGGAUGGUGCCGAGGAGGAAGAGAAUGAGGAGGAGGAGAGCGAUGAUGACAGCGAGGGCUGGAUAACGCCAAGCAACCUCAAGCAGAUCCAGCAGGACACGGGGCACUGCGACACUGUGCCUGCCAACGUGCAGGUCGGCUGUGUCACCACAGACUUCUCCAUGCAGAAUGUGCUGCUGCAGAUGGGCCUCCACGUGCUGGCAGUGAAUGGCAUGCUGAUCCGCCAGGCCCGGAGCCACAUCCUGCGCUGCCAUGGCUGCUUCAGGACAACUUCGGACAUGACCAAGGUCUUCUGCCCUCACUGCGGUAACAAGACACUGAAGAAAGUUGCAGUGAGUGUCAGUGAGGAUGGGAGCCUCCACAUGCACUUCUCCCGCAACCCCAAGGUGCUGAACCCACGGGGACUCAGGUACCCGCUGCCAGCACCGCAGGGAGGGAAGCACGCCAACAACCCGCACCUGGUGGAGGACCAGCCCUUCCCACAGCAGCGGCUAUCCCGCAAGGCCAGGCAGAAGACCAAUGUCUUCGACCCCGACUACAUCGCAGGGGUCUCUCCCUUUGCAGAAAAUGAUAUCUACAGUCGUGCAGCCAACCUGCAAAUCCGGGACAUGGCGCUGGGCGCUGGUAGGAGGCGCCUGAACCCCAACGCUGUGACAAAGAAGUUUGUGAAGAGAAGAUGAAAGGCAGUUUGGGGCCUUUGGCAGUGCAGUUGUGAGGGAAAGGGAAAGGUGGGCUGCCUGGGCACUGCAUGGCACUUGGUGACAGCAGGAGGGUGAGAUGCCUGCAGUGUCGGCAUCCAGGCUUUCCUUCUGGGCUUCUUCAGGUGUCAGUGGGGCAGGCAGUAGCAGGGGCAAGGUUCUGGGUGUGUGAGGCACUGACCCUGACCACCUGCCAGACCCUGCACACGUGGAAGGUGCUAGCUACACUCCUAGUGAGAUAUUGGCAUUUCCAAGGACACAAUUUUGAAUGAUAUCAUUGUGAAUAAACACAAAAUGCUACACCA